AAAUUUUGCCCACACAAACAAAAAGGCAACACUUGGAUUACUGUAUUGACUGGCGGGAAACGUUGACGUCUUAUGACGUCGAUGGAAGUAAACACGUCAGACAUCAUCAUUUACAACUUGAGAAGAAAAAUGGCAUCGUUGGUAGAAGAAAAUCAGCAAGAGUGCAUGUGUAAUAAUUACAGUGAUCACAACAUCUCGAAUAAUGGACAGCACGUGUAUAAUCAUUGUCACAGUAGCAGACAGCACGUGCAGCACGACGAAUUAUUUCUAGACUCUGAGGUUGCAACAUUUUGCGUUUGUGAAAAGCAAAUUCGUCAAAAAAAUCUAACGGCCAAAAAUGGCAAUAAUAAUAGAAACGAUGACAGUUUGACCCCCAAUGUUAAAGAAAGCACUGAGAUAACAACAGACAAUGCUGAUGAAACGAAAGCCAACCUUGUCGGAUAUGAAGACACCGAUAAUGUUGAAAUCAUUAUUUUCGUAGAAAAAGGCUACGGGGAGAUACAUGUUGGUGUUGUGUCGAAACUAUUUGUACCUAGCAAAAACCAAAUGAUCCUAGCAAGUACUUUCAAAUUUGCAUUGGACACGAAAGAUGAACAUCAUAGUAAGAAUCAUGACAUUGAGACUGAACCAAGAAGCAAAGAAGUAAAUAUCACUACUAAAACAAUAGAAAAUAUGACAUCUACAAAGAAAGGAAAUGCUAGUGAAGCAAAACAUGUACAUUUUCAAAGGCAAAGGCGUGUAAGUUUACGAUCUCACAAGAUGGAAAAAGACAGUAAUAAUCAGGUUUAUCAGGGCGUAGAAAAUGUCGAGAAAUGUUCAGAGAACCCUGUGUGUAAAGAUUAUUUGAAAAAUGUUAAUAUGCCGACUGUAAGUAAUAAAGUUGACAAUAAAAUAGAUGAAGAACCAGCGAGCAAACCCGUUCUUCAGAAUAUGCAAAAGCCUUCUUCACAUGUAAGUUCAUCUGAAAGUGAUCUUAGAAAAUAUCCUGACAGAGGAAAUGCUCGUAGAGCUGACAAAUGGCAGAGGCAGUUACCUGCGGACAAGAAAAUAACCAUAUUACAGCGAGGUUGCGAUAUAAGUACAGCUCAUGAGAAAUCUUAUAUUAUAAAAGACCGCGACUCAAAAGGAAAUAAAAACGACAGCUUCUCUAAGUUUCCGAAACUUAAAACUGAAAUUAACCAAAACCAGCCGGAAAGAGGCUCAAAGAAUCUGAGAAAUACACCAGUUCAGAUCAGCAGCUCCAACAUAAAUACGACUUCAUCCUCGGUAAACAACGAGUCUCGAGCCCGUCGCAGCAAAUCGUCAAUAGAUGCAGACGGCGCUAGACAACUUGAGGAGAAGAAGGAAAAGGAACGACAGAGAAAGAAGCUUGCACGGAGGAAACAGCGCAAAUAUAAACAUAGAACGCCUAAAACAGAGUUAGAAAUAUUCCAGCAACAAAUUGAGACAGGUCAACUGAGGUCAAUGUUUAGUCGGUACAAAACGGAGGGUUUGAAGUGCUUAGUGAUGCAAAAACUUCUGCACAAGGGUACAUUUAGUAACAAGUACAAAGCAUCCUUCAAGAACAAGCAGGUUGUCUUGACAGUUUACAAUGAAGAACUGGCAGACGUAAUCAACGCUUUAGAUAUGGCACAUAUGGGCAACUCGUACUUCGUUCUAGGAUUUAGCGACUGCAUGACUGGACCAUAUGGCAAGCUCUGGUUCAUGAGCAUAUUCCACAGCUUCGGUGACCUCCAAAAACUACUGUCACGUGACAGAAACCGUCACGUGAUCGGUGAACUACACGCGCAGUUUAUCACGGCGGGUGUUCUAAUUGGCGUCGACUUUCUGCAUCAGCACGAGAUUGUCCAUGGCAACAUUAAACCGUCAAAAGUGCUUAUCAACGCUCUCGGUUAUCCAGUUUUGACUGGUUUUGUGAAGAUGACAGACAAAUCGGAUAUGGAGGGUAACGAAGCCUAUACUCCAGCAUAUGUUGCUCCGGAACAUCUCCGUGGUAACCGUGAUACAGCAAUAGACAUUUUCAGUGUCGGCUGUAUGGCCUAUGAAAUCAUCACUGGAUGGACGCCGUUUGACGGUGAAACCCGGGAACAAACCUUACAGAACAUACAGAGAGCAUGCAGACCGAUCUAUGAUCCGGAAUUAUUCUCAUUUGCCGGAGAGUUCUUCAUAGAUUCCUGUCUUAGGAGGAACCCCAAAGAGCGUUUCUGGAUUGGUGUAGAGAGGAGUAACCUCAUUUACGAAGAAUGGUUUAGUACGUUAGACUGGAGGGAUUUCAGGAGGCAGACGCUUCGAUCUCCUAUUCUAGAGGCUCAACGUCUUAUUAACAACCGUGCAGAGCUUGGCUGGGAAGAAAAGGCUGUACAGUUCAAAUGGGGUCAGGUCAUGGAUGUGAUGUGCCCAUAUACACCUAGUCUAUACACUGACGAGGACAAUAUCAUCUAGAUUACAUCAAAUCAUAAAGAAGAACGAAAAACGCUGCCUUUGAUGACCCAUUACACGAAUCAUGUUGUAGUUGGAAAUUUCAGAUUGAUCAAGUUACUAAUUUGAAUAAUUAUUUUUGAAAAAGUUUAGAAUUUAUGGAACAUUUUCUAAAAUAUUCUAAUUUUUUAUAGAUCAUUUUUUUGUGGAUGUAUACUUACAAUCAUUUUAUAAUUAUCUUACAAGCAUUUUCUACUUUUACAUGUUUGACGAUUUAAACUGAUUUUAUCUAUCAUUACUCCCAUUCAACAAAGGCCACGUCAUUUUGUACGUAUAUAUACUGCAUUGUAAAUACUUAUUUUGAUUGUCAUAUAAAUGCACUUUAUGAUUUUAAGUUUGAUAUGUCACAUAAUGUGUCAUGAUGUUUUUAAAUAAACUUGAAAAUGAUAUUUUAAAAA